AUGAACCGUCGGCCGGUUGCAUGUGUGUCAUGUGAUUUUUGAUAACAGUGAUAACAGUCUCUCCCUCUCUUUUCUAUGAUAACAGUAGAAAGUUGCGCAGAAUUUGCCGCCGGCGAGGAGGUGUGAAUCUGUGGAAAUGGAUGCGAUAAUCUCAGUACUUAUCAUAUGCAGUGUAAUGGAAGCAGUCAGCCUGCAGAAAAUACCCAGCGUGAGAGAGUUCUUCCCUGCCGUCCGCAAUGAUCUCACGAAGGUGACGUGGGCGCACGCUGUGAACAGCAUUGAGAAGUUUCAGAAAGCAUUGGAAGAUAAAGUAAUGAUGCUAGAAGCUGACGUGAUGAUCGGAACACUAAUUAGAGGCAAUGACACGAGGAAAGAUAUUCCGAUAAUGUGUCACCCAGAAGCUCCCGAUGCGGAGUGUGUGUCAGACUUGAGUCUGGACGACUUUUUGGCCAGAGUGAUCAGUGUGAACAACGUUGGAAUCAAGCUGGAUUUCAAAACCACUGAAGUAUUCAACAAGUCAUUGGCAACUCUUCACUCAUACAAAAGCAAUCUGACGGUCCCGCUGUGGCUGAACGCAGACAUCCUCCUGGGGCCGGUGAACAGCACGGGGCAGGUGGUGGACCCCCAGGUGUUCCUGGGGCGGAGCAGGGAGCUCUUCCCGGGGGCCACGCUCUCGCCCGGCUGGAAGGUGCGCUUCGGGGGGGACGUCACCAACGGCAGCUACUCCGCGGAGCACGUCUCGGCCAUGAAGGACCUGCUGGUGCGCAGCAACGUGACGCAGCCCGUCAGCUUCCCCGUGCAGGUGGGGCUGGCCUCCAUGUCCCUGGACACGCUGCCCGAGAUCCUGGAGGUGUCGGGGGUGAGCGACCGCACGCUCACCCUGUGGGGCACCGGGGCGGACCCCGUGGACGUGAGGGGCCUGCGGGACCUGCUGAGGGCCGUGGGCCGGGACAGGAUCUACACGGACCUGCCCCAGUCGCUGCUGGACGAGCUCUCGUCCGCGGGCAGGCGCACAUCCGCGGGGCGCGGCAGUCUCCUGCUGCUGCUGCUGCUGUUGGCCGUCGUACUCAGUGCUUCAAGUCCCUAAAUAGUAUUAUUUGUUAAAUUGUGCUAUACUCAAUGAGGAAAUUCUGGCAACGUAAGCUGUUAACAAAUUAAAAAAAAAAAAAUAGAAAUGUUGAGAUAUAUUAUCCUAUAUAUUUGUACUUAUAAAUAUUUUAGUGGAAGCUGCAUUAGUAUGUAUUUUUGCAUCAAUUUUAUUUGAAUUUAUAUUACGUAUGUGAAGUAUAAAUUUGUUUGGAGUAUACUUAAGGGCAUGCAUUUUUUGAAAUAAGAUUUAUUAGACUGGCUGUGUGGUAAAACAUUGUUUUCGUGGUAGGCUGAGUUUCUCUCAGAUGCGUGUAUACAGCAGGUACACAAAUCAUGGCCAUUCUUUGCGAAAGCAAAUGCGUUCGGAAUGGCCAGGCCGAAUCGGGCAAUAGCUUCUCUUGCAGACGGCCGCCAAUCACAAGGAAGAACUGCGGGGGCGGGCAUGCUUUUUUUGCAAUCUAAUGAGCGUUCACAUCUUUUUGCAAAAAAUACAUGCCCCAAAGUAAAGAAUUCUAGGACAUGUCUCAAUACACAAAUGAUGUGUGCUGUGUUUCCAUUUUGUUUUAUUUUGUGUACAGUGAUGACGAUUUACGUUGUUUUACUACCACUUGCUGCUAUUGAUGAGACUUUUUGUUCAUUGGUUUAUUUUGUUGUUUGUAAUUUUGACAAAACAUCAAGUCUUUUUACCUGCAUUAAUAAUUGUGGUAAGGACUUGGUGUACAUUCUUGCUUCCAGGCAGCUAAUUCGUAGUGUAGACAGUUCACUUUGCCCCUGUUGCUUUUUUUAAUUAGUAUAUUAUUGUUGUGAGACAUCCUGAUACAGUGCCUCGUAAGGCCAGACUUACGUCUCCAGUUAAACGUGUUGCAUAUUGUGAAACAUGGAUUUUUUUGAUAAGAAAAUAUUUACCAAAUGUUUUUAUCAGGCUGAAUUUAAUAGUGCAAUUGUUUUAAUUUUUUUGUAAUGUCUUUAACAUGUGAUGUGUAUGUUCCUGUAUAAAUAUGAAUAAAAAUUAUCUGUUUGAUUGUGAUGAA